GAUAAGCCCCGGAUGAGCCCCCGAUGGCCAAGGUCUCGCCUCCUCCUCGGGAUCAUCAUGUCGUCGUUGGUCCCUCGAGAGCGGCAAAUUAAUAAGUAAAUGAGCAACUUUUUCUCGCGUGUGGUCCAGACUCCCGUCUUCUUCCUCGACCGCUAACCUUACCGGUCCCCAAAUGUCGCCUCUCGUGCUGCUGCUCCUCGCGCACCUACUCGCCACGGCCACUGCAGCGGGAGCAGCGCGGACCAGGGACGACGGGCCUCCUGCUCCGUCGUCGUCGUCCCCGCGGGUGCCGGCGACGACGCCGCCGUGGCCGGACCAGUUCCACGCGGUGGUGGUGACGAACCUGAGCGCGCGCGGCGGCGGGCUGCAGCUGAUCGACCUGUACUACGACUGGCCGCGAGGGCGCGACCUGAACAUCGUCCGCGACCAGCUGUCCGGCGAGCGGCGCUGGAGCUGGAACGUGGAGUGGAGCAACGGCACCGCCUUCCUGUUCGACUCCGCGUCCUGCCGCACCUUCCAGUUCGCCGUGGGCCUCCUGCCGCCCGACUGGAAGGCCCGCGGCGCCGCCUACCUGGGGCGCGACCGCGUCGACGGCUUCGACUGCCACGUCUGGUCCAACUUCGUCUUCGCCCGCUACUACGAGGACGUCGCCACCGGACGCCCCGUCAGCUGGAACUUCAAUGGGCUGCAGCGGCAUGUGCUGAGCUUCGAGGCGGGGGCAGUGCUGCAGGACUCCUCCAAGUGGCAGGCGCCGGCUUACUGCUUCACCAACACCAAUGGCAGCAGUGCCGACGCCGCCGCUUCGUCUUCCUGAGAUCACGUCGCUGGGCCUCCGGAGUCCGGGCUCCACCUGCAGCUGGACGCUGCAUGUCAUUUGGCAGUCGGCUCUCAUCUUGAUGGUUGACUCAGGAGAGCCUUUUACUAUUAGUCAGUACCGAUUCUCGCGUCGCGUGGGCUAGAAUCCGUGCGAUGCCACGGAACAUAAAUUGACGAGCCUUCAAUAGCGCGACGGACGACGUGAGUAUAAUGGUGGGAUUGUUUAGUGGUGCUAUUAAGAAUCAACUCAAUAAUCAUAAUACAUAUUGAAUCCUGUCAUUUUUAUUG